AGCAGAAAGAAGGAAGACGAGAGCCAGCAAGAUGAUGAAACAGCUGCCCAUCUAUAACCCGAUAAUCCCCUUUAUUGGGAGAAUAUCGGGCAGACUUCAGGAUGGGAAGGUGGUGAUAAUUCAAGGACAAGUGCCAGAAAAAGCUGUGAGAUUCGAAGUGGACUUUGUGUGCAGCAACUCCAAACAUUCGGACAUUGCUUUUCACUUCAACAUGCGUUACGAUCAAUCCACCGUGGUCUGCAACACGCUGGAGAAUGCCAAUUGGGGAACUGAAGAGAUAAAGCACCAGGUUCCCGUCAAAGCCAGAUCAUACUUUGAACUCAUCAUUAAAACAUGCAAUGAUCAUUUCCAGGUCUCUGUGGACGGGCAGCAUUUCCUGGAGUACAGACACAGGUUGCCCAUGAUGCGUGUCGACACCCUGGGGGUUUCCGGAGAUGUUCAUGUGAAUGCCAUCACCUUCAAAGAACCAGACGUGGGUAUCACACUGUAUACUUGCCGAGCCCAAGCCCAUUGUGGAAGGGCAGAGACUGAGAGCACACCUGUCCCAGUGACUGUGUCUAAUCCAGUUGUUCCAUACAAGGCCUAUAUCGGAGCCAUCCGUCCACAGCAGCUGAUAAAGAUUGUUGGGACUGUGAACACCAAUGCUACCAAGUUUUCCAUUAAUCUGAUGGCGAACUGCUGGGAUAACAUUGCCCUGCACAUCGGUCAAAGAUUCAAUGAAAAAGUUGUGGUGCGGAACAGCAGAAUCCAGCAGGAAUGGGGUACAGAGGAGCGAGCUUUGCCCUUCCACCCAUUUGUGCCUGGCCAGACGUUUGAGCUCGGGAAAGAUAUCCAGAGUGUGGUAACCGUGUCCUUACGUCUCGGCAGUCCCCUGCUAGGUCCCCCUGUGUUCUCAGUGAACAGUCCACUUUGUUCUCGGUUUUUGUUGUUGAGUGCCACCCAGUCAGCGGAAAGACUAAACAUCAAGUUCAAGUUGAAUUUCACAUUUAUUGCGCCCAUUAAGGUGCAGAUCAUGGUUCAAUCAAGCUGCUACGCAGUCUCUGUCAAUGGAAGGCACCUCUUCAACUACAACCACAGGCUGGAGCCCCUGAACCAGAUUAAUCAACUGGAAGUCAUUGAUGACGUCAGCCUUUCUUUAGUGCAGUACUAAUGUUUUGAAGUAAACAAUCUGCUUUAUCCAGAAAACAAAAUCAGCAUAAUCUUCCCAAAUUCUCAUUUUUAACCCUCUACUUAUUUGGUGAUCAAUCCUGUAGAUUGGUUAUUGCAUGUGAACCAAUCAGAAUAAUGUAGCAUCAUUAACCCCAC